CUCUCUGUCCGAACAGAACUAGCGCUAGUUUGUCCCUUCUGUUCCCACGUUUAACUUUCGCGCGGCUUGCCUGUGCAGUUUAACCAACAGCCCAAAGCAACUUUCGAAGAUUAAACUUGACUUUUCUUACAAUUCAAACGUUGUUGUGAUAAGAAAAGUCCUACGAAUGACAACACAUCAAACUUUGUCGUAUAAUUUACUACAUUUUUCGAUGAAUUUAGUCCCUUUUCUUGGUCACCAAACGGUGUCAUAUUGGUCAUGUGCCAUUCUUCAUCAAGAAGAAAAGAAGAAGUUCACCGUAAUUUCAGGACGAUUUCUGUCAAAAUUUAAGCAUUUUGCGUUUGGUUUGUGUUCGCUCAUAGAAACUCAAAAGUGAAGUUCUGUGUUCUUAACGUGCUGUGACUUGCAAAUAUGGCACGAUUCACUUCAUUUACGAUCCCUCAAGGUCAAUAUUUACGGUCAAAGUUCGAGUUUUGAGGUUAUGGUCUUCCGAAUAUUUUGUCAGGGUGUCGAAGAUAUUUUGAACGAAUCUUUUGAAUUCGAGAGCAGAAAUGUCAUCUCAAGAAACAUUAAAUUUGCCUCACAUUUUGAAGCAAUUGGAGUCCACUUCUUCUUCAGUGGCAUUUAGGGGACUUCAAGAAAUAAGGUUUAAAGUACUGAAGGCACCCAAUGGUGCCCAGCUGUUCAAGCAGUACAAUGGCCUCAAAUACCUUUUUCGGUUUGUGAGAAAGCCCAAUGAAAAAAUCCUUGAUUUGACUCUGAGUAUAUUAGGCAAUCUAUGUUUAGAAGAUGAUAUCAAAACUAAGGUGGCCGAGGAAAAUGGAUUUAUAGCCCACAUUUUAAAUUUGAUCACACACAUGCAAAAGGAUAGCAUUAUUGGACGAGCUUGUCGUUUACUUGGGAAUCUAGCAACUAACCAAAUUAUAGCUGUCACAUUACAUCAAAAAGGUGCUGUGCCAAAGUUAAUUGAGUCCAUUAAAAGCAAGGAUACCUCACCUGGAACCAAGCACAUGGCUGUCAGAGCUUUAAGAUUAUUGUGGGAAGCAGACUCUAAUAGGAACAAAAUGCUUCAAGAUCAAGUGGUACAUACAGUAGCAAGUCUUUUAAGUACACCAGUUGAUGAACUUCUUCAGGCUGUCUUGAAAGCUUUAGGGAAGUUCACUUACAAGUGUUCAGAAAGAUGUGCUUUGCAGGUGCAGGGAGAUGGCAAAGGUUUUGAGGAACUCAUUGCAAGCUUGAAACAAUGCUCUAAAAGUGAGCUACCUAUUAGUGUUAUCUUAAAUUUAUGCUUUGUGUCAGAAGUAAGGCCAUUACUUGGAACUGCAGGAGUUGUUGAGGCAGUCCUUAGUCUUGCAAGUGACACCAGUGGCCAUAAGUUUUCCUCAGACAUUGUAUCCAUUCUGUCUCUCUUGUGUCGAGAGUCUGUAAACCGCAGUAAAAUACGUAGAAAUGGCGGUUUGGAUGUUCUUUUAGAUACCUUAAAAUGUGGAUCCCAUCCAAAUGUGGAGGCCAGGGCACUGAAUGCAAUGCUUCAUUUUAUUUAUGAUGAAGUGGGGCUUGAGAUUUUAAUCAAGGAGGGUUUAGUCCCAGUUCUUGUUAACAAGUUAGUCAAAGUGGUAGAUAAUCAUGGAUCCACUCAUGUUAAUCAGAACCGGAAAGGGGGGAUCUCUACUCCUUUGACCCCUCACAAGCGCAUGCGCUUUUCUGGUUCAACAGAGGAAACUCCUUUGUAUUCAUAUGACAAUGAUCCUCUUGGACUCAAAACUCGAGAGUUGGCUUCAACAUCCUGUCGGACUGAUACAAAUACUCUCAGUGGCCAUUGGAGCCCUGGAAGUUCUAGAAGUGUUGAAUUUUCACCUGAUACCACAAGAAUGUAUAGCCCUCCUCCACUGAAUAUUAGUUGUAGUCCUACUUCAUCAGCGCUUUCUCCUGCAUCACAAUCCUCUCCUCCAUCUCCGUUGUCAGAUGCCUACUCGCCCGUUUGUGGAUAUAGCAGUAGUGAGGAUGAAAAGCCAGACGACACAGAUGCUGAAGUAACGGUUGAAUGUGAAGUAGACUCUGAUUGUGAAGUAACCAGCCCUCAUCUGAAGGACAAGGAUGAUGUUGAUGAUAUACAGGAUGCAUUGAGUGCUAGCCUACCGUCAAAUGUUACAUCUAGACAUGGCUUGGUGGAAAGCUGGUGCCUACUCCUCCUAUCCAGGGUAUCACAUAUGGACUCCCUUGUUGAAGAUAUGGUGUCAAGUAACACUUUGGACGCACUAUUGCAGUAUUAUACAUUGUUAGAUCCUCCACAUCCUCGAGCAGCAAGGAUUCUCCAACGAAUUGCAAGAAAUCAUCAAUAUCUUGUACCCCUCUUGCGCGCUGGGCUUGUUCUGAAAGUAAAUGCAAGAUUGACAGGGAGAAUCCAUGAUGGCUGUUCCCGUUGUCUUGAGUUUGAUGGAUUGGGUAAAUCGUUGCUAUCCCAAAUCUCUGUCAUAGCAGAAUCUGGAUUUGGUGAAGGGGAAAUAGCACAUAGUCUCAUGCGAGCCACAAGACCUGUUCAAACCUUUCUCAUCAUCAGUAUUCCAUACAUUAUCAGGAAAAGAAAACUGAUGCACCUUAUGAUGAAUUGCAAAGUCAAUGAAAAAAGCGCCCUUGAUUUACUUUUUCAGUUAAUGACAGAUGAAUGUGGAGAUGGACUCUCAUCUGAGGCUGUCAAUAGUAUAAGUCGACUUGCUCGGCAGAUUGGUGCCUUAUCAAUAAAGACGCUUAACCUUUCAAACUCCCAAUUAUGUAAACGGGGUGCAAAUAACUGCUCUAAAAAUAUACUAAAAUUUUCCAGUGAUGAGUUAAGUGCUGAUGUUGUUGUUUUGGAGUUAGAUAAUGGAACUUUUGUUUCAGUUAGAAAAGGAGAAAUGUGUGAAGAAUCUCCUAUGUUUGCAGCUAUGUUAACAGGGAGUUUUUACGAGUCAGGACGAGAGAGAGUAGCUAUUAAAGAUGUGUGCAAAGAGAACCUUUGUUCUGUGUUAUCUCUUAUGCGGGCCCCAGCUUGGUGCAGGUGCUGUUUGAUAGAUCAUGACACUAGUUUUGCAUUUGAAGUUCUUAAACUUGCAGAUCGUUUCAUACUACCUAAGGUAGUGAAUAAAGUAGCUGAUUGGUUAUUAACUCAAUUAGCCCCAGAUGUCAUACCAUUGUUUUACUCACAGGCUCAAAAUUUGAGACAUGUUCUGUCAAUGAGUGAGAAGCUUUCCAAAGAAUCUUUACAAUUCGCCUUGUCUGAAGAUAUAGACCCAAAGAAACGUUACAAAAUAUUUUCUACAAUUUUAAAUUCAGAGCUGAAAGAACAGUUCAUUGAAGACCUAUCAGUUCUUCUCAAAUUUCACUUGGAUCAGCCACACCAACUUCAUUAAAACACAUCUCCAUGUUGUAAUUUUUUAUGAGCUCUUUACUGUUGUGUUCUGAUUUUUUCUUUUUUUUACAAUCUUCUUAUUGAAAGUAUGAUUUACUUUUCUGCCUGUGAUUUCUUUUUUAAGUGUUAUCCUCUGGUGAUGAUAGUUUCGAUUUUCUCUCACACUUUGUUUCUGUGCCUAGCUGUCCUGUCAUAUUGAAAUAUGCAUUUAGCCCAAUGUGCACAUUUUAUCUUGCAGCUGGGAUUUGUGGAACCAAUCAGGUGAAUUUUUGUUUUGGGUCUCAAUCCUUGUAAGUUCUGUCUAGUCAUGUCACUUAAUAGUAAUUGUCUGUUUCUUUGAUACAUCUCAUGUUUGCCCCAUCAACCAGUGAAUUACAGGGUUUUUGUAGAAGUAAAUGAUAAUGUGAUAUGCAGGAAAUUUCUAGCUUGCAACUUGCUUUUCCAGUUCCCUAAUUUCUCAUCUUUGAACUAAAUUGAAAGAUUGCUGUUUUCAGCAGUAGAGGUGAAGCACCUGUGACAUUCGCUGUGAUGUUAGCUAUUGGAUUUAAUUAGAAGUUUGUUUUUCUAACAAGUGGUUUGUCUCCAAUGUUGAAGAGCAAAUUGUGAUAUGUGUGUGAUCUUUUGCAGUGGCAUUAUUUUUUUUUUUUAGAACUUGGUAACAUUUGUACUUUUAUAAUUGAAUAAAAUGUUGCUGUCUACACAAUGAAUUUCUGUA